ACCAGCGCGUGCGUGGCGAGGCGCAUUUAGACAUGCGAUGACAGCGGUUUCAGUCAGUGCGAGCAGGCAAGGCAGUGCAGCAAUCAAACAGCAAGUAAUUCUCACUUGGGAAAUUCCGACAGAUCUAGGCUUUGCGUCCGAUGGUUUGGUUUAAAAUCAAUUCAUUAGCCAACCAAGUCUGAGCUAAGUGAAUUCUUGGAAUCUUGGAGACGGCCUGAUUUUGCCGUUUUGCAGGGACGCCGCCCCGACUAGCAGUGGCUUGAGUGGGUAAAACUUGCUGUAACCCAGGGCAGGUACCUCUUUACAGCAGUCACCAAGAAAGACAAGCUCCAUGGUAAUAAAAACACUGUUCUGGGAUGAUCACAAUAACCACAUCAAUCCCAGAUUCAACAUCAGAUUGACUGUCUCAUGGAAAGCCCUAUUGAUCGGACGGUGACAUAGCCGCUUCUUUUUACUCGCCAAAUAUAUGCAAUGACACUUUCUUAGGCGUCACAGGAUCCCAGGAAAAAUCACAAUGCCUGCUCUCGAAAGAACCAAUUCAUGUACAGACAUUGAUUUCACGCUCAGACGCCAGUUCAAAAAAUCCCACUUCAGAAAACAUCAGAAGGAAAUAAUAUUGGCUGCCCUUGACAGGCACGAUGUCUACGUACAAGCGGCCACAUCCUUCGGGAAGAGCUUGUGCUUCCAGCUUCCUGCUGUGAUUGACCAAGGCAUCACGAUCGUCAUCUCACCACUUCUCAGCCUCAUGAUGAAUCAAGUCAAGGCUCUUCGUGAUUCUGGCGUGGAUGCGCGGACUCUAAACAGUAACACACCGCAAGACGAGAAGGAGCAUAUCUACCUGGAUCUUGCCUCGGGUCAUCCUCGGACACGUCUUUUGUAUGUGACUCCAGAGCUCUGCUCAGGAGACUUCUUCCGUAAGCGGCUUCAACUGGUUCACGAGCAAAAGGAGUUGGCACGCAUCGUCGUUGAUGAGGCCCAUUGCAUCUCGGAAUGGGGCCACGACUUUCGAAAAGACUACAAACGACUAUCAUGGUUCCGGGAAGCCUUUCCCGAUGUCCCGGUCAUGUGCCUCACUGCAACUGCCAACGAGCGAGUCCGCAGGGAUGUUCUAGCCACGCUUGGUCUCGUCAAGACUGGCAACCCUAGCCCGGCCAGGUUGAAGCAGUUCACAACGACAGCCCACAGACCCAACCUCCACCUCGAGGUGCGCUUCACUAGCGAUGAGGCGAACGACAGGUAUUCAGACUUUGUACAGUGGCUUCAGGACGUCUACGAACGCAGGAGGGAAGACGAGCGCAGGACGGAGUUGGAGGGUAGCAACGAACGCGUUGAGGCCGUUUCGGGAAUCAUUUACACCAUCAGUCGAAGUGAGUGCGAGUCCCUCGCGGCCUCACUGAGGGAGGAUGGGAUUGGCGCCCGGCCAUUCCAUGCCAAGCUUUCCAAGCAAACCAAAGAGAGCACACUGGCCAAGUGGAUCACAAAUGACCCCGGUUACGAUGUCAUCGUGGCGACUACUGCCUUCGGCAUGGGAAUCGACAAGGACAACGUCCGGUUCGUCGUCCAUUGGCGCUUGCCCAAAUCCUUUGAAGGCUACUAUCAAGAGGCAGGACGUGCAGGGCGGGAUGGCAGAGCGUCGUACUGUUUCCUCUACUACAGUCGGGAGGACCGGGAUAGAACGUACAGCAUGGUCACCCGGGACGCCCAUCAAAAUAGAAGCGGAGACAGUGGCGGUAAUGGCGGUGCCCGCCUCGAAAGUCUAAAUAGGUUGGUGGCAUACUGCGAGGAUACCAGCGGUUGUCGGCAUGCGACAUUGUGUCGAUAUUUUGGUGAAACAAUAGAGCCGUCGUGUGACUUUGCCUGUGAUUGGCAUAGAGAUCCGCAGCUGCUAAAGGACAGGAAGAGACGGGGGCUCGCGACUGAAGAGUACAUAAGUACCCAGCGCCAGGAGGGGAGAUAUGACGAGUAUGGUGACGAUUAUGAUUAGAAUGGAUUUUUGGCAAACCUAAUAUCCAAAAGACAAAAUAUACCCACCUGUUUGCACCACAA